AUUCCUAAAAUACUGUGGGCGUAAAGCUCCAGAUCCAUGUGACCAAACGCUCUUCUGGGGUCUGAACAAGAAGUGAAGCUUCCCGAUCCAAUCGUCCAUAGCCACCAAAGAUGACUCUGCCUUGGUCUUGUGGAAACGACCGGUCAAUCCUACCAACCGCUAAUUUUGUCUUCUCUUACAGUGAACCGCCGGUCAACACCAUGUUUUCCAAUUCCAAUUUCGUCACCAAACCCAUAAUGCACAAACUUUAACUCAACUUCCAUUUCAUUCAUCUCCACUAAAUAUGGAGAAUUCAAGUCAAGAAUCGCAUCUCCGGUCUGAAAAUUCCGUUACAUAUGACUCCUCCUAUCCUAUCUACGCUAUGGCUUUUUCAUCCUUCACUUCUUCCCUCCCUAGCCGCCGCCGUCGACUUGCCGUCGGGAGCUUUAUCGAAGAGUUCAACAAUCGUGUCGAUAUUCUGUCCUUCGAUGAAGAUACCCUAACCCUUAAGCCUGUUCCCAAUCUCUCUUUUGAACACCCUUAUCCGCCUACGAAGCUCAUGUUCCAUCCUAAUCCUUCUGCUUCUCUCAAGACUAAUGAUAUUCUUGCUUCUUCUGGUGAUUACCUCCGUCUAUGGGAUGUUCGUGAAACUUCUAUUGAACCCCUUUUCACUCUCAGUAACAAUAAAACUAGUGAAUAUUGUGCCCCUUUGACGUCUUUUGAUUGGAAUGAGGUGGAGCCGAGAAGAAUUGGUACUUCUAGUAUAGACACUACUUGUACCAUCUGGGAUGUUGAGAAAGGGGUUGUGGAAACCCAACUGAUAGCUCAUGACAAAGAGGUUUACGAUAUAGCUUGGGGUGAAGCUGGGGUUUUUGCUUCGGUUUCUGCUGAUGGGUCAGUUAGGAUUUUUGAUUUGAGGGAUAAGGAACAUUCGACAAUUAUUUAUGAGAGUCCAAAACCGGACACUCCGUUGUUGAGGUUGGCUUGGAACAAGCAAGAUUUGAGAUACAUGGCUACCAUAUUGAUGGAUAACAAUAAGAUUGUGAUUUUAGAUAUUAGGUCUCCAGCAAUGCCCGUGGCAGAGUUGGAAAGGCAUCAGGCGAGUGUGAAUGCUAUUGCUUGGGCUCCACAGAGUUGUAGGCAUAUUUGUUCUGCUGGGGAUGAUGGGCAGGCGCUCAUUUGGGAGUUGCCAACUGUUGCAGGGCCUAAUGGGAUUGAUCCUAUGUCAAUGUACUCUGCUGGAGCUGAAAUUAAUCAAAUUCAGUGGUCUGCUGCACAACGUGAUUGGAUUGCCAUUGCGUUUUCUAACAAGUUGCAGCUGCUUAAAGUAUAAGGCGAUUGGAUGAUUGAAUUUUUCCUUGUGGACUAUUUGGAGGACUUGAUUUUUUCCUUCUUUGUAAGAGAUGAAAAAACUUUUGCCUCUGGUCAUGAAGGUGGAGGGAUUAUACCUUUUCAGGCACUUCAGUAGCACCAUUUGGAAAAAUAAAAUCUAAAGUUCAGUACUUUUUUUUCUAUCAUCUAGCAAGCAUCAAUUUGAAAACCAAGUGUAAUGGAAAAUGAUAAAGGAAACUUGUUUAACUGUCAAACUAUGUGGAUUGAGAUAUUACCUAACUGUUCUUCAACAUUAAGUUACUUGGAAGUUGUUAUAUGAA